AUGAAACUGAACGCUACUGUAAGCUUCUCCGAAACAAAAUCUACUGAAUUUGUUACACCUAUAGUGAAAAAAGAACUUAGCGAUGGUUACGAUUUGGAGGUCGUAGGACUUGCUUCGAAUUGGUUUCUUUUCAUCCAUAUACCUGCCUUAUGCUGCAUUUUCCUCAGUCUGAUAUCAGCAACAGCCGUUAUCAUCGUGUCUUUCAGAAGUCAGAGCCGGUCCUUCUUCUCCUGGACGAGAAGUGAGCGAUUCGUCGUGUAUUUGUCGUUGUGUGAUGCCCUUUUCAAUGUAACACACAGCAUGGAUCAUCUACAGAUGCUCAUCACGAAGGAACACGUAUAUCCUCUAGCACUGUGUGAAUUUUAUGCGUUCUUUAUCGGCGAAUUUGUUUCGGCUCAAAUUCUGAUGACAAAUGUAGCAGCUGUUAAUGCUUUUAGUCUAAUUUAUCUGCAAAAACAAUUCAAACUCGGCAUGUAUGACUGGAAACUUUUGAUUUAUACGUUCGGUGUACCUUUUGUGUUAUCAAUGUCUGCAGUUGACUUGGGAUUUUACGGACCAUCUGGAUCUUAUUGUUACUUUGACGGCGUAAAAGGAGCAUUUGCCAGCAUAUUUUUUACAACCAUUCCGAUGACGAUUGUACUAGUGGUAAACGUUAUGUUGUACAUCUCAACAUGGUGGAAAAUCUUCACCACAUCUAGGCAUCUAAAAACUAUGCUUGGAAGAGAAACCCAAACUCUGGAUGCAUCUUUCAAUGCUGCCAAAAUGAUGAGUCUUUUUGUGGCGGUCUUCUUCGUGCAGUGGUGGGCCCUUGCCAUCGUCAAUGUGUGGCAAAAUUUUGCGGUGGUUCCUGAGGAAUUUCUCACUGUAGUCGUAAUUUUUACAAAUCUAGGUGGCGUCUGUAAUGCAGGUGUUUUUGUCAUCAUCAGGAAAAGAAGAAGCAAACAUACGCCCCAAAUUUAA